ACACUCAUGUAACCUCAAAACUCGAAAGUUCUCGACUACUUUCGCCUCCCCCGGCCUAUUGCCUCAUCGCUAAAAUGGCUCUGGCUGCGAGAGCUAAUCUUCUGAAGGCAAGAGUCUCUGGAAUUGCGCUCCAGAAUUCUUCUAAAUUUUCCACCUUACGAAACAUGGCAGCCACAAGAAAGGCAGUCUUAGGAGCCAUUGGAAUCCUUGGAGGUAGCGCAGCUGGACUCACGUAUGCGCUCAACCAGUCUGUGAAAGCCUCAGAGCUUGAACUCCACACGACCAAGUUCCCUUGGUCUCAUGAUGGAAUCUUUUCUUCUCUUGAUCAUGCCUCCAUUCGCCGUGGCUAUGAGGUGUACAAGAAUGUGUGUGCUGCCUGUCACUCCAUGAAGUACAUUGCCUUCCGCAACCUGAUUGGAGUGUCCCACACAGAAUCUGAAGCCAAGGCUGAAGCAGAGGCUAUUCAGGUAAAAGACGGACCGAAUGACGAUGGAGAAAUGUUUGAAAGGCCAGGAAAACUGUCCGAUUACUUCCCCAACCCCUACGUCAACGAUGAAGCUGCUCGUUCUGCCAACAAUGGUGCUUUGCCACCAGAUCUCUCAUACAUUACAUCUGCAAGACAUGGUGGAGAGGUGUGUAAAAUAGGCUGUAUUUCCUAAAUAAUUUAUUGCCUU